GAAAAAAAUGAUAUGAACGUUUAAGUGUCAAUCAGGAGUUGAGUAUUGCAUAUAACUUUUAAUUUUUCGAGAUACUCAAGGUACAUAUUGUCAUAUUUUCUUUUUUCAAUAGCAAAUGAAAGGAUGUUUGACGGACUAAAGAUGGAAUCAACUACAUUAGGAUAUGACAUAAUUGUCAUGAUUGGUUCUUUAAGCACAAUGCAUAUUAUCGUAAAGCGAGGAGAAAGCUCUAACCUUGUAUCUAAUUUUUGUGAAGUGAAGUUGUUCAAAUACGAGGGUUGAUCCAGAUACUAGGUUUCUAGAGAGCUUCAUCAGCCACACGGAAGGUGUAAGACGAAAUCCGGCAACACCGCUGUGCGCGGCUGUUCCCCCACGCUCGAUGCCCCCGGCCGCGCUUCAUCUAGUAAUGCGCUUUCUAGUUCAUUUCGGUGAACUAGUUCAAUAGGUCACGCUCACUACACUGGGAACUGUUUCGUGAACGAACUGAUAAGAGUGUCAGUGAAAGAGUCGCAUCAAUCUUUCAUCAUCCCCGGAGCUAAGAAGCAUGGGUCCGAACUUAUAAAUGACAGGUUCAAAGUAGGGAGAUCAACAACUUGUGAUGUUGUAAUAGGAAAUAGCAUAGGACAGGGUAUUAUAGGAAGUAUCAGUAAAGAACAUUUCCUUAUUAUCAAGGAAAGCAGUAAAGUAUAUUUGGUUGACACCAGCAAGAAUGGAACAUACAAAAAUGGCGAACGUAUCAAGAAAAAUGAAAAAACACCAUUGAAAGAUGGGGACAAAAUUGCCAUUGGUUCACAUUCACAUCAUGUUUAUGUCUUUAGGGAACUAACUGAUGAAGAUUUGCCACCGACAGCAUCACCAAAUGAUGACUGUAUGGUGCAACCUACCACUAUUGUAGCUCCCUGGGGACGUUUGAUCGCUUGUCUGUUAUGUUUGGACUCAGUAGAUCUAUAUGAAACUACUGUAAGUGUAGGACGAUCUUCAGAUUGUGAUAUUUCACUUAGUAAUGCAAAGAUUGAUCCAAAGAUCAAAGCUAUAUUUAGUAAGCAACAAUUUGUGAUAAACAAAGACUGUGAAAAGGGUGUUACUUUCAUAAAAGACCUAAGUACAUAUGGUACUUAUCUGAAUGGUGUUUGCAUUGGCAAAAAUAAACAAAAUGUAUUACAGAGAGAUGAUGUUAUAGCCAUAGGAAAACCAGAUAGAAAUGUAUUCAUAUACAGAGCCUAUUCUCAAGAUAUGACUUAUCUGCCUGAGGAAUUGAGGGGUAAAUAUGAACCUUCAAUUAUGCUAGGAAAAGGUGCAGCUGGUGAAGUCAGAUUAGCAUUUGAAAAACGUACCUGUGAAAUGUUUGCAAUCAAGAGAAUACUGAAAGCUAGGAGCAGUACAUCUCAAAUGUGUAAACUAAAUCACCCUCUCAAAAUUCAGUCUGAGAUUAAUAUACUACAAAGUCUAAGUCAUCCAUUCAUUAUAAAAAUGAGGGAUAUAAUAGAAACCCCAGAAGAAGUGUUCAUAGUACUAGAUUAUAUGAGAGGAGGUGAGCUAAAGCAUAGGAUUCAGUCUAGAUCACCAAUGACUGAAAACAAUGUUAAGUUCCUGUUUCACCAAAUUGUCCUAGCAGUUGAAUAUCUGCACAAGCAGGGUAUUACACAUAGAGACCUGAAGCCUGAAAAUGUUCUGUUGGCAACAGAAGAGACAGAAACCUUGGUAAAAGUUUCUGACUUUGGAUUAAGCAAAAUAACAGAAGAGGAGGAUAUAAUGAACACUGUUUGUGGUACAUACUAUUACAUGGCUCCAGAAGUGAUUGGAGUUCGCAAUCCACAGUAUAACAAACAAGUGGAUGUUUGGAGUUUGGGGGUGAUUUUAUACUAUCUGCUUUCAGGAUCCCUACCAUUCAAGUCUAGCGAUAAGAAAGAACUGAACCGACUAAUAGUAAGUGGCCAGUAUCAGAUGUUUGAUACAUGUUGGCAAGGUGUUUCAAGAGCUGCUAGGGACUUAGUUCAAAGAAUGCUCACGGUCAAGCCACAAAGUCGAAUAACUAUUGCCGAAAUUCUCAAACACCCUUGGAUAGAUAAGGACCUGGCUAUGCAAUAUCGGGUGAACACACUUCUUGAAGCAAACAUGAUUACCUCGCAAGAAUUUGUGGUAACGUACAACAUGGAUCCUCCAGCAAAACGACUCAGAUUGUAUUCAUCUGAAGAACCAACAAUGUAGGAUACAUUUUUCAAUUUUGUUGCAAUAUUUUUUUUGUACGAAUAUUUACAACUUAAAACUUUAUAUUUGUAAAUGUAGCGUAUUUGUAUUUAUUUUCAUGUUUUUUCAUUUUUUACUACAUUUAUACCCCAGUGAAUCUGUUUUUGUACUGGCCAAGGUGUCACCUCUGAAAUAUUUACUACACACACAACUAUCUUAAUAUCUGUAUUGUCUACGGUGUAGAUUUGUUUCUACAUUUAUAAGUAAGAUUAUAGAUGCUCUAUUUGUUUGAUCCCCUAUAGUGUCGUCAGUAUGAGUACUCCUAUAAUGCACAUGUUGACAUGUUAUGGUUGUACCAAGUAUUAUUUUUGUAUUAUAUCAUAUUGUUUUAUAUGUGAGGAGUUUGUGCCAUAUCAUUUCGUUUUGUUUUCUUGAUUUUUUGUUGUACCAGAUUCUACGUAUUUAAAAUGUAGUGAUACCACAGACCCUUGACGUGCACUAUUGAUAUGAAAAACUCCUAGGCUAUGUAUCGUUUGUCGCCUGAUAACAUUAAAAUUAUCUCAUUUUUGUCAUAGUUUUGGAUGUCUCAAGAGCUGUACGCACCAAAUAUUAUUUUCUGAAGAACAAAGGUGUUUUCCAUAUAAAAAAGUAAAAUAUAUCAAUGUUGCACAACACCUUUUGUGGGUCUGUGCACUUUUAUACUAUAUCUUUAGGAUACAAACUUUUGUAUUUUUGUAUGUGUAGCUUGUAUUUCUAUUUUUCUAAAAUAAAUUUCUCAUCACUUU